CUACCAGGCCACUUCCGGGUUUCCCCGGUUUGACGGUUUGGGCGCGAAUCGCGGCAAGCCCGCCUCGCUGAAUGGUUGGAGGGGAGCGGUCGGUGAGUAGUGAAAGCCUUGCCUGGCCCGUGGGUGCGGUGCGAGAGGGAGUUUUGUGACCCACCCGUUCGUGGCAAACUCCGCGGUUUGCAUUUGAGAAGCGUGAGCCCGUGGCGGGACCCGGCGCAGCCUCGGAGCUUAGUGUCUGGCCUUGAGGCUCCUGCGGUCGGCGGCCGCCGGCGUCACUGUCCAGAGGUCAACAUUGGGCUUGUGUUUUGCCACUCGCGGUGCUCACGUCUUCUGCCCUCGCCGAGGUCGGGACUGAGAGCCUUGGUUUCCGCGAGUGUCAGCAAGCCGGUAAGGAACCGGGCGUCCUCGGUCCUCCCUGUGGCCCACCCCGGAAAGCGUGCAUUCUUCCCGCACAAUGAAGUCGGCCCCGGCCACCGUCCCGUUCUGUCCAGGCCUCCCGGGCACGUGCAAGGGUCGCGGAACGCACCCGUCUCUUCACGCUGCCUGUCAUCGGGUGUUCGCUCCUUUCUCUCCAAGACGUCAUUCUCCUUCUGGCUCAGUAUUUCAAAAUAUUUUUUUGGAGCACUAUUAGAAUUGUUCUAUUUAGAUCAAGAUGUCUAGCAAAGCAAAUGCUUCCAAGAAGAGGUCUCAACAGUUAAAAAGAAAUCCAAAAAGAAAAAUUGAUGAUAAGGAAGUGGAGUUAUCAGAGAAAGAGGUUAAAAACACAGUGAAAAAAAAUAAAAAUCAUCCAAAGCAUCUGUCUUCUAAAGGACAGACAGAGCAAACUAGUCUAAAACAGGUAAAGAUAGCAUCCAGCAGGAGGAAAACCUGGCAACCUCUUUCGGAGAGCAGCAGAAAGCAUUUGCAAACUCUGAUGGAAACAGUCAUCAUAGCAAUUUUGAGUAACAAAAGUAGAGAAAAUGAACAAAUUCAAUAUCAUCUCAACUGCCUGAAGAAAAGAUUGCUACAAAUGUUUGAAACCCUAAAAGUCCCUCCCCCAAAACUGAAAGAUUUAACUAACAUGUCAAGUCUACUGAAAAUGGAAAGGGCCCGUCACAGGGCCAAUGAAGAAGGCCUGGCGUCAUUGCAGGAAGAAAUAGAUAAAAUAGUAGAGACCACAGAAGCAGUGACUGGGGAUAUCCAGAGCCUAAAGAACAAAAUUCAAAUUCUGACAAGUGAGGUGGAAGAAGAAGAGGAGAAAGUUAAAGAGAUGUUUCAAAUAGAUAGCAGUGGUGUACUCUCCCUUCCAGAACUUUCUCAGAAGAGUCUCAAAGCACCCAUACUUCAGGAAGAAAUUUUGGCACAAAUUCCAAACCAGAAUGCUCUUCUGAAGGACUUUGAUGUUCUCCAUAAUUCGUCUCAGACAAAAAACAUGCUAACUUUCAUCGAAGAAGCCUAUAAGAGACUGGAUGCCUCUUGAAGAAUGUUUUUAAGUUAUUCCACAUUAAUUUAUAAUGUUUAUAAGUUGUAAAACUGUUAACCUGAUGAUAUUUCAGAGGCUAAGGCUUCUUUAAGGUUUAUUGUUUCCUAAUAUGGAGCUUAAAAUGAGCCUCUGUAGAUCUACCAUUAGCAUCUAGUGUAGUCCUGAAAACUGGUUUUAGCAGUUACCGCAUCCAGGAGCUCACAUUUUUGUUCCAGUUAUUUACCUGACACUGUAAAAUAAGAACAGUCACAGUCCACUGAUUUAUAGGCUAGAUAAAGCUCAUUUAUUGAUUAGUGCAGAGGAAAUUUGAUACUGUGACUUAAUAUAUAUAUGUGUAAAGUGUUUAAAGUACCUAGUUCAUAAAAACAUGUUUGCUUUCAUUAUUAUUCUUUAGCUGAUGACUUACAUUUUCUGCCUGGUCAUCUGGAACUUGAGAAAUCUCCAAAUGCCUUUACUUUUUUACAUAACUCUCUAGACUUUGCGGUAUAAUUAAGAUUCUUCAUGUGUCUUUAACUUUGGAGGUAGAACGAACAUUUCUUUGGUUGGUUUAGUGUAUAGAUGUUGCAUACUUAUUUCCCCUUACCAUCAAAUCAUACUUUGAUUUCAUAAAAUUAUUAAAAUGAAACAUAAACAGAUUUACCCCCUUAAAACAAAAACCAAAGUGAAUUUUCUUUCCUCAUUGUGAUUAUAGUAUGUAUAUACAUGUAAAUAAAUGAUCAGUAAAACAUUAAAAUUUA